AGACUCUGCCUCUCGUCUCCUUCCUUGAAGAGAUUGAAAACCCCAUCACUUCAUCACUCUCAUUGCUUCGGUUCAAUCAGAAGUAGAGCAGAGCAAUGGGUUGUUCUUUGUUUUCUUUCUUGCUUUUAUUCACUGCUGUUUUCACUCUUGCAGAUUGUGGUUCGAUUGGAGUAAACUAUGGAAGAAUAGCCAACAAUCUUCCUUCAGCAACUAAAGUCGUGGCACUACUGGAAUCCCAAGGUCUAAACCGUGUCAAAGUUUACGACACUGAUCCGGCCGUCCUCCGUGCCUUAUCCGGAUCCAGAAUCAAAGUCACCGUCGACCUUCCCAACGAACAGCUCUUCGCUGCGGCCAAAAGCGCUUCAUUCGCAACCUCAUGGGUUCAACGGAACGUCGCCGCUUAUUACCCUCGCACUCGAAUCGAAGCCAUUGCCGUCGGUAACGAGGUGUUCGUGGAUCCUCACAAUACCACCAAGCUCCUCGUACCCGCCAUGAAAAAUGUCCACAAAGCUUUGGUUAAGCUUAUGCUUCACUCGGAGAUCAAAGUCUCUUCCCCUAUUGCUCUUUCCGCUCUCCAUAAUUCUUACCCAUCUUCCGCCGGAUCUUUCCGACCCGAACUCGUUGAGUCCGUUUUUAAGCCCAUGCUUGAAUUCCUCCGCGAAACCGGGUCUUUCCUUAUGGUCAAUGCUUACCCGUUUUUCGCUUACGAGUCAAACACCGACGUCAUCUCGUUGGACUACGCUUUGUUCAGGGAGAAUCCGGGUGUGGUGGAUCCAGGUAACGGGUUGAGGUAUUUUAGUCUUUUCGAUGCUCAAAUCGACGCCGUUUUCGCGGCGAUGUCCGCUCUCAAAUUUGAUGAUAUUGACUUGGUGGUGACGGAGACGGGUUGGCCGUCGAAGGGAGACGAGAAUGAAAUCGGCGCGAGCAUCCAAAACGCCGCAGCUUAUAAUGGGAAUCUGGUCCGUCGGAUCUUGUCCGGCGGUGGGACCCCUUUGAGACCCAAGGCGGAUCUCACCGUUUAUCUGUUUGCUCUUUUCAACGAGAACAAGAAGGUUGGGCCUACAUCGGAAAGGAAUUACGGGCUGUUUUACCCGAGCAAGGAAAAAGUUUAUGAUAUCCCUUUCACGGAAGAAGGGUUGAAGGACUACCGGGACAGGAGGUCGCCGGUCGCUCCCGUCAGCGGUGGAGGACGGAGCAGGACGGGGAAGACGUGGUGCGUUGCGAAUGGUGAAGCGGGGAAGGAGAAGCUGCAGGUAGGUCUAGAUUACGCAUGUGGGGAAGGAGGCGCUGAUUGCCAUGCGAUCCAGCCGGGAUCCACGUGCUACAAUCCUAACACCAUUGAAGCCCAUGCAUCGUUCGCGUUCAACAGCUAUUACCAAAAGAAAGGGCGGCAGACGGGGAGUUGUGAUUUUGGCGGGGCGGCCCACGUCGUCACUCAGCCACCCAAGCACGGGGACUGCAAAUUUACCAGUGGAUCAACACAAAAAGGACCAAAUUGAUUUGGAAGAGAUUAGUUGUAAUGUUUUUGUGUGUUUUCUUUUUUUGGGGGGAAUAUUGUGUAAUUUAUUUAGUUGG